AAUAAGGUAGUAACAUUAUUACAAAUGGAGGAUAGUGCGUAUAACUAAACACUCUCUAUUAUCUUUGUGAACAAUGUUGCAUUUAUAGGAAUGAAAUCAUAGCCUAGAAUCAAAUUAUUAUAUUAUUGUAAUAAUAUUAUUGUGUGCGAUAUUGAAAAAAGGAAAAGAAGGAUUGACUGAACGUAUAUUAAAAUACGAGAAAGAUGAAUUUAAAAUCGCUAUUUAAUUUUAAUACAUCUUUACAUAUACGUAGGCAAAAUAUAUUAAACAGUAGAUAUUUUACUUCAAAAACAGAGAAUGAUGUUAUUGUUGACGGUAAAAAAUCCAUUUAUGAAAUCGCAGAAGAGACGCCUAUUUAUGAACACGAUCAGCAAGAAAAGAAUAAUGAAAUUGAAAAAAAAAGGAAUAAGUCGAGACUUAAUCCGCAUCAUAGAAAUAUAUUAUUUGGACAACGUCCUUACAACGAAUCUAUUGAAUGGUUUCAUAAUACUGUGAAAUAUAAGAAGCGUAUGUUAGGUAAGUAUGGUAUGAAAGCAGUAGGAGUACCAGCAGGGUUUGCUUGGCCAACGCCAGAAGAAGUUGAAGAUAUGAAGGAAUAUGAAAGAGUUGCUUAUCCAUAUAGUAUUCAAGAGGAAUGGGCUAGGAUAGAAGAGGAAAAAAGACAAAAGGCAGAAGCUAUAAAGGCUAGAGAAGAUGAUAUAUCUCAAAAAAUGGCUAAACUGGACAAAUGGAUGAACGAUUUGAAUACAAGACUUGCCAAGAAAGAAGCAGAUUUAUUAGAAGCAAAGAAACAUAAAGAACGUUUAAUAGAAGAAGUUAGAUAUCAGCUUGGAUUUGAUGUACCUAUACAUGAUGAGAAAUUUAAAGCAGCAAUGGCAGAAAAAGAGAAGGAAGAGAAAAAGAAAUUGAAAGAGGCUAAAAAGAAAUUAAAGGAAGAAAAGAUGUUAGCUAAAUUGAACAAACAUUCGCAAACCAAUGAAAACGCAACUACUGUACCAUCUUCGGAUGAGCCAAUAAAAUAAACCAUGCUAUAUAA